AUGUCUUCCAACGGUUUCGCUCCCAACGGCCUCGCCAUGCCCACUGGCGGCCUAGCUGCUCGACGCGGCAGCCAAAACCCCAAGCCUCUCGCGGUUGAUGUCAAUAGCCAACCCAAGGACAGGGACUCUGGUGUUCCCACCCCUCGCACUAGCCGCUCCCACCUUCUCGCUGGUCUUAGGACCGCCCCCAAGUCCGCUACUGCUGCUUCGUUCGGCCCUCAGUCUCCUACGACUGGCCCUCAGCAGCAGUACGCCCGGAACUCCAUGGCUGGAAAUGCCUAUGGCAUGGGCCAGGACAAGACUUACAACGCUCCUAAGACGGCUUACCCCCAGUACGGUUCUCAAAACAACUACAACCAGUCGGUAGGUCAGCAGUACACUGUUGAUCAGAUCCUGUCGCCUCCUGAGCUCUUGGAAGAGCAGGACCCAAGCUUGUACAAUCAGCUUGUGGCUACCAAUCUCUACCUGGCUCAGCAGCAGCAGCAUCUCCAACAGCAGCUCUUGAGCGUGCAGAAUGCGACCCAGCAGUUCCGACAACUCAACCUCAGCAACCCUCAGCUCAUUCAACAGCAGCAUGCCCUGUACGAGCAGCAGCAGCAACUACAAAAUAUGCAACAGCAGAUCCAGCUCCGCGCUGCCCUAAGCCAACAGCAGCAACAGCAAGCUCAGCAACAGCAGCAGCAGCAGAUCUACUACUUCAACCCCAUGACCAACGAGUACUUCAUCCCUACCCACCAGCAGCAACAGCAGGUCCAAGCCGCACAGCUUUACAACGAGCAGCCCUCCACCCCCGGUUUCAGUGGGUUUCAGCAACAUCUCCAGCAACACCACCAGAGCACACCCUCGGUGCAGGUUUCGCCUCCUGCUGAAUCACAGCCCUUCUCUUUCCGCAGCAACUCACCACCCAAGCGGUACGAGUCUCCUGUGGAGGUGACUCCUCUUCCUCCUCCCUCAGCCAAUGCCUUCCGCCGUGGUCAUAAGAAGGUCUCUUCUCUGGCUCCCGUUAACAGCGCUAUCGCUGCUGCCAUGUCGUCCGACGCUGCUCCUAGGUCUGCUGGUCCCAAGACCUCCACUUUCCCCAUGACCCCCAUGACUGGUGGAUAUGGACCUGGUCAGGCUCGUGCUGGAGAGCAUCCUAUUCGCCAACCUCGUGGUCCUCCUUCUCUUGACGAGCUCAAGCAGAAGCCCACCUCGAAGUAUGAGGGAAGCAAGAACUUUUCCGCCCGCACUCGUCGUUCUGCUGUCUCCAACCUCGUCCGUGCCGGUCUAGAGCGUCGUAAGGGCACUGGCAGCUCUUGUGGUAGCAUGAGCCCAGUUUCCGAGACUGCUGAGGAGUCAUCAACUCCUAUUACUGAUAACGAGUCUGACUCUGGCCGCAGCGGAUCCGGCAGCCUCGCAGGUGACAUGGAAUGCCCUAGCUCACGCACAUCUGCCAGUGGAAGCUGGGGUGCUAUCGGCUCUGACCGUCCCAGCUCACGCCAGAAGACGCGCAAGAGUGUCGACAGCAUUGAGAGUGUCAGUUCCAACGGCGAGAGUGAGAGCAACUCUUUCGCUGAUGUGUUUAAGAACGGCGCUCUGCGAGCUGCCAAGGCACAAGAUUCGGACAACCAGCGCAAGGCACACAGGCGGGUUUUCACCAAGAGCACUCCUUCUGCUUAA